CCCGUUUCCACAGCAACCGUCUAAAACACUGGGAGCAGAUUUCCAGGUUUUCGCAGUGAGUCCUGUUUUCAGACAAACGUUUAAAGCGCCAUUAUGGCAGAAACGGGCGUUGAGACGAAGCUGGACACGAGUGUACUUAAUGCGGAGCAACAAGAAAAACUUCGACAGUUCAAGAUCAAGACAAGAAUCGACAACGAGAAAUAUAUAAGAGCGCAUCCUGAAGUAGAAGUUUUGAUUGGAGACUUUUUAAGGGAAAUUCUCCUUAAAAGACCAGCCGACAUUCGAGAGUUUGCUGGGGAUUACUUCUCAAGGUUAAACCCCUCAGGUGACUCCAGAGAAGAAGGAAACAGUGAUGCAGAGUAAAACAGCCUCUAAAUAUUUCCCUCUGAACGACGCCAUCAUCUAUUACACUAUGUCUGUGCCAUUUUUUAAUCUUACUAUAAUCUCAAAACUGCAAAUACUGUUUAUAAGGAUUAUUAUUAAAAACAUGGAUUAAUUCUAUUUAUGUUGGACUUUCCUUUUAUAAAACAGCAAAUGCUCAUUCUGUUGUGCGGCACUUCCUGAAAUUUGUAAUGUAGUUUUACCAAAAAGUGUUUCUGUACAAGUAAUAAAAUACACUUCAGGUUACAACUUACGUAUAAUCAUUAGAUUUAGAGGUUGCCAAAAAUAAAAUAAAUAUUUGUUCUCCAAAUUGUGCUAUAAAUGCAAUUUCUGUAUGAUUUAAGUCAUUUCAGUCAUUUCUAUGAUCACAAUUGCUAUAUUUUGGGUACUUCCUGUUCAUUUACAGCAUAGGUUGAUCAUAUGUAAUGAAUUUCAUGAAUGUAUAUCACUUAUUUAGAGUUUGGAUCUGACAUAAAGCAGCACUGAUUAGGUAAUGCAGGUAGAGGACACAAGCUCACAUUUGUUCUUUUGUGGUUGCUAAUAAAGUUUAAUAGGUGUCUAUCC